CUUCGACCUUUGCUUUGUGAGCCGGACUUGUUCCUCCUUGCCCUUCCUUCUUUUUGCCCAGACCUGGUGGCAGGAGAAGCGGGGCGAGCAUGGCCAGGACUCUGCUAGCCCUCCGAGCCCGGGUCCGUCCCCUGCUUGGGCCCAGGGCCGCCCAGAGGGAGCUCCAUUCAGGAGACCCUCCGAGUCCUCGGAAGCUGGACCUGCGAGGCAUCUACCCGCCUUUGGUUACUCCCUUCACCGCGGAAGGAGAGGUCGGCUACGGCCACUUGGAGGAGAACCUGCGCCUCUAUGGACGGAUCCCCUUUCGAGGUUUUGUGGUGCAGGGUUCCAAUGGGGAAACUCCCUACUUGACACAACAGGAGCGCCUGGAAAUAGUGAGAUGUGUGCAUCAAACGAUACCCAGGGAAAAUCUUCUUCUUGUUGGGACUGGAUGUGAAUCAACUCGGAGCACCAUUGAAAUGACAGUGCAAAUGGCUGACAGAGGUGCUGAUGCUGCCCUUGUGGUAACUCCUUUCUACUUCCGGGGAAGCAUGACCAGUGCUGCCUUGAUCCAUCAUUACACACAGGUGGCUGAUGCUUCUCCGAUCCCUGUGAUACUCUACAGUGUCCCAGCCAACACAGGGCUGGACCUGCCCAUUGAUGCAGUGCUCACCCUAGCACAGCACCCCAACAUUGUGGGAAUCAAGGACAGUGGUGGCAAUAUCACCCGCCUGGCACUACUUGUCCACAAAACCCAGAAUGAAGACUUCCAAGUACUGGCUGGAUCAGCUGGUUUUCUGCUGUCCAGCUACAUCGUAGGUGCUGUUGGAGGAAUCUGUGCCCUUGCUAAUGUACUUGGCACUCAAGUCUGUCAGAUUGAGCAGCUAUGUCAAGCUGGAAGCUGGGACGAGGCUCGUGAAUUGCAGCAUCGGCUCAUUGAGCCAAACAUUGCAGUGACUCAAAAGUUUGGUAUCCCAGGCCUCAAGCAGGCCAUGGAGUGGUUUGGUUACAGUGGAGGCCUCUGUCGUGCCCCUUUGCUCCCUUUAAGUGAGAUACAAGUGAAAGGACUACGCCAGGAUUUCAGUUCCAACGGUUGGCUCUGAAGCACUAUGCUGUUCCAAGCAAGAUCUUGCAACCUGGAAAUAGCCAGGGUUUUUUUUUUUUUUGUCUGCCUUGCUGGGCAUCAGUUUUCACAUCUACUGAAAUACAGGUCAUCUGACCCACAGCUCUUUCAUUGUCAUGCUUUACUGGAAAUCUAAGUGCUGAAAUAGCAGAGAAACAGGGUAAAAUGUAAAAUCUAGAGCGGAACUUCAAAGAAGUGAAUAGUAUUUUUCAUAGAAAUUCCCUUUGCUAUAUAGGCUUUGCCCCAUUAUUUUUAGAUUAUCUUACUAUUUCCUUUUAUAGUCUUCCUACUGGAGCAGUUAGUGUCCUCAGAGACCAGGGUUCAAAUUUCCACUCCACCAGGGAAAUGUAUUAGAUGACCUUGGAUAAGUCACAUUCCCUCAGCUUCAGAGAAAGGCAACCCCUCUUCUGAAUGUAUUUUGUCACAGUAUUAUGAUAGGGUCACUAUAUGUUAGAAAUUACACAACAAUAAGCCUUCUGAUCAACUACUAUGGUAUGUGCUACACUCCAUUGCCCGCUCUAUUGUCCUUUCAUCUCAGGACUGAUUAGACAUGUCAUUCCAUGGUUCUAAAACUGAAAGAUCUCCAUAAUCUCCAUCAUUGUUAGGGUUGUUGGAUGUUAUUGUUCCUGUGUUGAUGAUUUACCAGGUUCAAAUAUCAUCUCCUGUCCCCAACAAUGCAUUCCAUGAUUAAAUCAAAUGUAUGAAGGCAAGAGCUUAUUGCAUAGUUGCAUGCCCUGCUUCUUUGAACCUGGAUUUGACGAACAAUUGUUCAUUCCUGAUGUGAAUUAGAAUGCAGGAGGAGCCGAGGUGCAAGUUUGACUGAUACAUUCAGAGUAUUGACAAGAGCCGAACUAGUUUGCAGGGGUAAAGAGGGGACUUGAUUGAAUUGUUAUCUCCCAAUCUCAGCAGAGAGGCAAAGGAAGGAGUCUUGGAUUCCCCAUCAAAGAAUAUCAUAUAGAACUGAAUGUAAUGCUUGUUUCUGUACUCCUAGCACCCAAAUGAACCCUCCUCAGCACAAUAAACUAUCAUGUUGGCUGGUGGUCAAUAGAAGUGAAGAACCCUUUAGCUUUCAUACAAUGCCAGAAAUACAGCUUAAUGGUGUAACAUUAGAAAAUGUUGACUAUUUCCACUACCUUGGCAAACACCUUUCAACAAAAGGCAACAUUAACACUGAAAUACAACACUGAGCUCUGUGAAUUCAGCAUUUUUUCAAAUGAAGCAGAGUGUGUUUGAGGAUCGGAACAUUCAUAGGGAUAUCAAGAUGCUUGUUUAUAAAGCUAUUGUUCUCCCAAUACUGUUAUACACCUGCAAAAUAUGAACCGUCUACAGACGUCACACUCAACUUCUGGAAGAAUUCCAUCAGCAUUGCCUCUGAAAAAUUCUGCAAAUCUCUUGGGAAUACAGGUGUUCUGGAAGAAGCAAAGACUACCAACACUGAAGCAAUGAUCCUCCACCAUCAGCUUCGCUGGACUGGCUACAUUGUCUGAAUGCCCGAUCAUCAUAUUCCAAAGCAAACAGAAUGUUGGUGAUAGGAAAAGAGAUUUAAAGAUGGGCUUAAUGCUAAUCUUAACAACUGUGGCAUAGACACCGAGAACUGGGAGGCCCUGGCCCUUGAGUGCUCUAGCUGGAGGUCAGCUGCGACCAGCAGUGCAGUAGAAUUUGAAGAGGCACAAAUGGAGGGCGAAAGGGAGAAAAGUGUCAAGAGGAAGGUGGGCCCAGCCAACCUUUGUUGGGACUGCCUUCUAUCUGGAAAUCAAUAUCCUCAUUGCAAAAGAAUAUGCAGCUCAAGAAUAGGUCUCUACAGUCACCUACAGACCUACCGCCAAGACCCUACACUUGGAAAGCAAUCAUACUCACAUACGAGUGAUAGCCUAUUAUGAUUUCAUACUGUUUUGAUAAGUACAAAGGAGGAAAUGUCCUGAGAAUUAUUUUUCUUGUGUGCACACAAAAACACGCCCAAUUGACUACACUGCUGCAUUUUAGCUGAAAAUCAGAAUUACAACUCAGAAGUAUCUGGAUGUUUCCAUUGCUGGGAUAUUUAGCCAAUUUUCAAUAAGUUUUUGGGAAGUAUGGCUAUAUAACAAUCUUAUCCAGUACAUGGUAGGUAAAGAGGAAAAGAUGUAAUGGAAUAUGAAAUAAGAGGAUUAGCAUUGUGGCAUAGAGAUCGAUGGUUGUUCUGUCUGUAAAUAAAUAGAAAACCACUUAAGAUUUAGAGAAAUGUGUCUCAGGCACAGAGGUAAUAGCGGAAUGCUAGAUGCAAGCAAAGGAAUUCAGGUGAGAUGAUAAAAUAAGAGCAAAGACAUGUUCCUCUAUUGCCAAUACUGGAUGAUUCCUCAACUACUCAUGUUAUUAUGAGGGCAGAAGCCUAAUCCCAACCUUCUUUUAAGAACAUGCAGUGAUUAUUGAAAUGGUUGACAUAAACAACUUUGAAAUUUAAGGGAAACAUUUAAAAUAGUAAGUUUGAUAAAGAACAAGCAGGGUUUCCCUUUUUCAGGACGUACAGCAUACACCAAGGGGAUGGAACACACAUUUAGCAGAUAGGAAGUUUGGAUGAUAUGGGCAACAGGUUUUAAUCUUUAGCAACCCCCCCCCCUCAAUAAGGACUAUGUAUGAUUGUAUAUUAGGCAGUUAAUGAGUUUUAUACUUAAGAUUAAUGUAUGACUUGCUAUAAGAGUCUUGCUAUAAAAGUCUUAUAUUUAUGAUUGGUACACUUCAUAGGAAUAAAGGACAUAUAUUAUUAAUUGUAA